CGCGCGGAUUAGUGUCGGGGCGCCGCACGUGCUCUUCGCCCUCGGGCGGAGAGGCCGCCUACCAGCCCCAGCGCCCUCCCGCCUCCGACUCUGCAGGCCCCGCGCUCCCCGGCCUCUCCGCGGGGAAGCGCGGGUGGCGCGGGCGGCUCUCUAGAGCCCGUGGGCGCCUGGCGGGGUGGUGGUCGAGCCUCGGCCGUCUUGCCCGGCAGAGGUGGGAGGCGGGAGGGGGAGUCCCGCAGAUCCGGUCUCGCGGCAGCCUCGUAACCUUCCCGCCGGUUCUAGGCCUGCUCCAGGGGCAUCCUUGCUUAUCCUACCUGCAUAAUCAUCUCUCUCUAGGGCCCUCUUUUUCCCUCCCUCACUGUCCGUCGAAGGCCUAGACUUAGUGAGGGUGACAAAAAGGGCUGUACCUUGGGGGAGUAAGAUAUGUAUUUUCUCUGAAUUCUGGUUGCCGCUAAGGGCCUGCGAUUCUCUACAGGGGACCCAGGAUACAGCACUGGCCAGGCCCAGGUGGGGACCCACCUGACAGUGGUCACUGCUGCCUUAGCCUUGCUGCCCUCACGGCCUGGGGCUUCGGCCCUCAAGCCGAUUUGAGAGCCAGAAGCUCCCCUAGGAAGCCCGCUUCUCAUUCUGACCUCCCAGAGAGAUGCCUGGGGAGGGGCCAAGUUUAUAUACUGGGGUUGGGGUGGGGUCCUGUGCCCACUCCUCUUGUCCCUGCAGUCCGUCCUUCCGGUUCCUGUCUAUUCGAGCCUCCAGUCGCAUCAUGCUUCCUCUUGCGGCCCCACAGGCUCAUUCAGCCCCGGUUUUUCCUGCCUCAUGCCUUUUGCACACGUUGUUCCUGCUGCCUGCGGUGCCCUCCCCACCUCCAUUACCUUAGCCAAGUUAGCACCUAGGGGAAGUGACCCAUCAGACUAAGUCAGAAUUUCCUCGUUUAAGUGCUUUCAGAGUUUCUUGUGCUUCGGUGCUAUUAUCACAGCUGUAAUUUUGCAUUUGUUUUUGUGGUCACUUAACUCUCUUCUCCAGUAGACUGCUCCGUGAGUGCAAAGUCUGUGUGUACUGUUCACUACUGUAUCCCCAUUGCUUGGUUGCGCACCUGGCACCCGUGGCAAUCACCCAUUACAUGUUUGUGGAGUGAUUCAUACAUACUACACACUCUGAAAGAUGAAUGGAGCUUCGGGGGGCAGCAGGUCUCUGGGCCGGGACACGCGGAUCCCCACCCACGCAGGCGCAUGCAGGAUUCCUGGUCUUCAAGCCUGAGCUGAUCUCCCGGCUGGAACAGGGGCAGGAGCCAUGGGUCCUCGACCUGCAAGGAGCGGAGGGGAGAGAGGCAGCCAGGACCUCCCAGGCAGAUUCUACAAUCGGGACCGAGAGUGAGCAGGCCUGUGAAGACAUUGACCGUCUAAAAUCAGAAUCCCAUGUGGUCAUGGUCAAAACCCCGUCCCAGGACUUUCCCCAGAGUCCUGGCUUUGGAGAUGCCUCUGAUCCCGAGGUCUGUUCAGAGAGUCAGCCAACCUCCCUCUUCCAGAAAAACUGCUUGAAUAUAGGGACUGUGGCUCCCAGGGAGACCUUCGCUGAGGAAGAGGCCCAGGGGUGUGGCGAGUGGGGGAGUGGUGGCCGCCUGGGUUGUCGACGUGAUCAAAGUCAGGGGUCCUUGCGAAGAUGUGACAUCUGUGGUAGGAGUUUCCGAUCUACUUCAGAUGUCUCUCUGCAUCAGGAAAUUAAUACACAGAAGAGACCUAACAGCUGCCAGGAGUGCCAAAAAAAAUUACCUGAUUGCUUACAGGGGAGACAUCUGAGUACCUUGCAUGGCGAGAAGCCGUAUGAGUGUGAGGAGUGUGGGAAGGUCUUCAGGUUGUGCUCACAGCUUACUCAGCAUCAGAGGAUCCAUACUGGAGAGAAGCCGUUUAAAUGCACCGAGUGUGGGAAGGCCUUUCGUCUGAGCUCGAAACUCAUUCAGCAUCAAAGGAUUCACACUGGGGAGAAGCCCUACAGGUGUGAGGAAUGUGGAAAAGCCUUUGGUCAGAGCUCUAGCCUCAUCCACCAUCAGAGGGUCCACACGGGAGAGAGGCCCUAUGGCUGCCGGGAGUGCGGGAAGGCCUUCAGCCAGCAGUCUCAGCUGGCCAGGCACCAGAGGACCCAUACGGGAGAGAGGCCCUACCCAUGCCAGGAGUGUGGGAAGGCCUUCAGCCAGAGCUCAACCCUAGCUCAGCACCAGCGGAUGCACGCUGGGGAGAAACUUCAGCUCCCAAGAGCCCCGGAUAGCCCCAGCCUGGUUGCACAUCAGAGGUUGCAUGCUACCGAGAAACCGUUUAAGUGUGACGAGUGUGGGAAGGCUUUCCGGUGGGUCUCCCGCCUUAGUCAGCAUCAGCUGACGCAUACUGGAGAGAAACCUUAUAAAUGCAACAAGUGUUCAAAAGCCUUUGGUUGCAGCUCACGGCUUAUUCGCCACCAGAGAACUCACACUGGAGAAAAACCAUUUAAGUGUGAAGAAUGUGGGAAAGGCUUUGUCCAGGGCUCACACCUAAUUCAGCAUCAGAGAAUUCACACUGGAGAGAAGCCCUAUGAGUGCAGUGACUGUGGGAAGGCCUUCAGCCAGAGCUCAAGCCUCAUUUACCAUCAGAGGAUCCAUAAAGGGGAGAAGCCCUACGAGUGCCUCGAAUGUGGAAAAGCCUUCAGUAUGAGCACACAGCUCACAAUACACCAGCGGGUGCACACGGGGGAGAGGCCCUAUAAGUGCAGUGAAUGUGGGAAAGCCUUCAGUCAGAACUCCACCCUUUUCCAGCACCAGAUCAUUCACGCUGGGGUGAAGCCCUAUGGAUGCAGCGAGUGUGGGAAAGCCUUCAGCCGGAGCUCGUACCUCAUCGAGCACCAGAGGAUCCACACUCGAGCCCAGUGGUACCACGAGUAUGGGAAUACUCUGGAAGCUUCUACCCACGUGAGCCGUAAGAAAGUUAAUACUGUAAAGAAACUUCAUAAAUGUAAUGAAUGUGAAAAAAUAUUCAGAUGGCGUUCGCAUCUAAUUAUACACCAGAGAAUUCACACUGGAGAGAAACCUUAUAAAUGUAAUGAAUGUGGCAAAGCUUUUAAUAGGAGCUCAAGACUUACUCAGCAUCAGAAAAUUCACAUGGGAUAGACCACUCAUCUUUACGAAUGUGUAUAAAUGUGAAUAAACCUACAGCCUUAACUUAUUAUGGGAUCAUUUAUACUGACGGUUUAGAAUGUUGUGAAAGAUUCAGAAUUGCUCUCUUAGGAGAGAGAACAUCCAGAUUCACAUGAGGUAUAUGUUUAUUUGCUGGCAUGUUUGACCUUCAGUAAAGCCCGUGUCCCUCACAUCAAGGUGCACAUGUGUAGCAUUUGAGUUCACAGAGGGAAGACCCCAGGUCCUGCGGACGAGGAAGAGGCAUGAGAAAAGCCCCGUGAGCCCCGCCAGACGAGUGGGUUGAAAGAAGUUACCCAGGACGUCUUCCUUAAGCACCAGGUACUCAGACUGGCUUCAGCAGCAAGAUAUGCUCACUCGUGUCCGCGGGGCCCCAGGCAGCGUGGCCGGUCCCCCUCACCUGACUCCCCCGGCAGGGCCUCUGGGGAGGAGCUGGCUCCAGCAGCAGUGCCUGGGCCCGGGGACAGUGUCACUGGCCCACCCUACGUCCAGAGCCCAGCUGCUUCGGUUACAAGGAUCAGAUGCGCAGCCCUCACUGGGAUUCCCAGCCCGGCCCUCAGCAUUGCAGGAGACUCACCUCAGUCCCGAGAACACCACCAGAGGCUGGGAUGUGUGUUGUUGGCUGCUGCUGGCCAGACGUCCUCAAAACUCCAGCCACGGGGACUGCCCAAACUGGGGGGUCUGCGAGCAGACACACGAGCCCGUGCCUUCUCACAGGCCUGAGGACGGUGGAGAUGCCUGCUCACCAGGAUCAGUGUGUCGGCGUGGUCUUGUGGGCCCCACAGGUCCCAGGGCAGAGGGCCCCACGGGUGCUGAGCAACGGGUGCGUGUGAGCGAGCCUGCCCCGCCCACAUCACCUUCUCCCUGGGUUUUCUCUGCCAGCCCAGCCUGGAGAAACAGCCAGGGUAGAGUGGUCAGGGCCCUUGGUUUCUUGGCACGGGUGGAAAGAAUGUGCAGGGGAGAUCACCGCUCCGCCCACCCCUCUGGUGAACCUGACUGACAGGCUGGGGCUGCGGAGCAGCUCACAGAGCAUCUCAUCAAGGCCUGUGAGCCACAGGAUGAGGCUGACAUGUAGCAUCAAGUCCAGCCCUGCUUGGGGCCCUGGACUCGGCAGUGGUGACUCGGGACCAGGUGUGUCAUUUGCACAGGCUGCCACCCAGGACCACCCCCCGAGACCUGCCAAUCUUUGGUGCCAUUGCCAAUAAUCACAGGCCAAGGGCGGCCUGCCACAGAGAAGCCACUUCUCCCAUGUACGGACAGGUGAACCUGAGGGACAUAGGUCACUUCAGGAUUUAUUGCAACACGACUUGGGUCACCAUCACACUGGUUGGGUGAAGCCCACAUCGCCUUGUGCGACAUGGCCCAGAAUCAGCCCAUGGGUUUGUAUCAGGGGAAACUGCUGCUCCGUGUGUACUGGAGGGCCUGGUGGGGCUGGGGACAGUGGAGUUCAGGGUGGCCGAGUUCACGUGAGUUUUCGUUCUCAGCACGUGGACAGGGACUCAGCCCCACGGCAGCUCAGCCUGAUCUGCCAGUUCACCUGACAAAAGGUAUGACAUGUUCUCAGGUUGCAGUGUUGUCUCUGGGGAUGAGGAUCAUCCCCCAACCUGCACCUUCGGGGGUGUUCCCGCCCUGGGCGGAGGACACCAUGCAGUCAUUGUGCCCCUGCAGCAGCUGUAACCCCAUCUCCCCGGCCGUCCCCUGCUCCACCCAGAGCUUGUGUCUGAAGGGUCGGUGCGAGAGCACAGGGACUUCUACAGACUGUGCAGAGAUCAUGUUCCCGCCUCGGCUGGUGUGCUCAACCAGGUGGUCACCGCCAUCAGAGCCGGGCAGGGUGGGCACGUGUGAGUGGGCUGCAUCUUAGGCUUUGUGAGCCACCCAAGGAUGGGACAAGAGUCAGGGUCCCGGUGCUCGUGCCACACGCGCCCUCCACUGGCGCCUGGUGCCACCAUGUGCUGGAAGGGCCUCCCGAGGCCCCGUGCUCUCGCCUUCUGGCUCUGUGAGGGCUGUUUGUCGCUGGGUGUGCCGUCCCCACAAGGGAUUUGUCUCCUGGCCACUUUCUGGUAAUGAUGGACAAAGGGGUGGAAGGCCUCUGGACUCCAGGUUCUGCACUGGGUAGGAUGCUUCUGUUUUCCCCUAACAGCACUUGCAGGCUGGCCAAAAAGGGCCAGAGGGACCAGCCUUAAAUCUGUUUCAGCACCUGGAUUCUUUCUGGAUCAGCACAGUCCUAAGUCGGGCUGGCUGACUGUGUGGCCCGUGGGCCAAAUGCGGACCUGUGCCCACAUCUGUGAGGCCUGCUGAUCAGCCUGAAGGCACUGGGACCUACACGGCCCCCAGAACCUGAGCCAGAGUCAGUCCUGUAAAUGCCCUCAUGUCCAGGAACUCAAUCACAGACAGCCAAGGAGUAAGGCAGCUGCUUGAGCUGUAGCCCAUCUGACGCUCCGCCUUCUGGCUCCGCCUCUUGGCUCCGCCUCCGAGGGCCCUGUGGGCUCCUGAGCGCUUCAGCUUUUGGUGCUGCUCCCGACCCAUGGUUGCUCGGAUCAGCGUCAGGGUUUUAAUGUGCCUGCUUUUACCUUUUAUCAGGCCACGAGCUAAGCGUGGGUUAACGUUUUUACGUGGUUGGGGGGGAAAGACUAUUUUGUGACAUUUGAAAAUUAUAUUGAAAUCAGAUUUCAGUGUGACCAAAUAAAGGUUCUUGGAACACA